AUGUUCCUUACUCGGGCGUUAAACCGCAACUUGAAUAUUUCGCAUUGGAAUCGACGCGUGUGGGAGAUCGGUUACAGUGGUCCACCACUACCCAAGCAGAAAGCGACUGGUCGUCCGGACUAUCCAGUUUCGGCAUCACGUGUAGCACUACUGCGAGAACGAUUCGCUCGUGAAUGGGGCGUCAUGAAACUGCUAACCCGUCCCUACAUCACCGCCGAAAUGGAAUCUGCCUACUUCGCUUCCAAGGGUGUUAAGGGACUUGAUGAGCUUCGAGAGCGAGAACAUGCAAAAUUGGAGGCGCAAAGAAUGCCAGGAAAGGAAAAACGUACACAUGGUUCUAAAUACGCGGUACGACGACGUGCUAACAUUGGAAAUUUGUUGCAUACCCACAGAACUGUCGAAGAUAGUUUGGCUGAUCUUAUGAAUCGAAAUCGUUGGGAUUAA